AUGCAACUACCAAAGCCAUUGAAAACAUUGCUGCUGAGUCUCACUGUUUCUGAUCUUUGCGUUGGUUUAGUGCUUCAGCCAUUAUUUAUCGCUUUCCUGGUUAUGUGGUUACGACGUCAAACUCCAAACUGCGUAAUGUACUCUGUUUUUACAAUGAUCAUGACUGGUUUCACUGCUUCAUUAUUUUUAUUUGUCACAGCUAUAACUGUCGACAGAUCCCUGGCUGCUCAUCUUCAUCUCAGAUACCAGGAACUUGUGACUCACAAACGAGUUGUUAUUGUGGUUAUCUUAAUAUGAGUUUUUAGUAUUCUGUUACCAUUGCUGGCCUUUUGGAGUCCAUCAAAUGUUACUUUAGGGCUAUAUACUGUUAUUCAGUUUACUUGCCUUGGGGCCGUAACAAUUUGUUAUUAUAAAAUUUAUCGAGCAGUAAGAUGCCACUCGAAUGAAAUCCACACCUUGAAAAUUCACCAAGUUGCACCAAAUGGCCAAUCAAUUAGUGUUAACAGCCUUCGAAAGUCUGCCAUCAGUGCAUUUUACGUGUACCUUGUAUUUAUGGUUUGUUAUUUACCGCAGAACUGUUCAUUUGUAGCAGCAAUUUUCUAUGGACCUUUGACCGCAAUAAAACGUGUGCUAGUGUUCACUUGGACUUUGACAUUUGUUAAUUCUUUUCUGAAUCCCAUUGUUUACUGCUGGAAGAUGAGGAACAUAAGACGAGCUGUUUUUAUUGUUCUGUGGAGAAUAUUCAGUGUAAGAAAGGAGACGGUGGAAAGCUGCAGUUAUGUAAGCCGCACUGCAAGUUAUGCGAACUAAUUGGAAGGAAAGUUUAAGCCAUUCAGGUCGUUUAACUUUUGCUACAAAACCUACCGAUCACACGAGUUUAUAAUCUCUUGCUGAUCAAUAAUCGUCAGAAUCAAGGAGGGGCAGACCAAGAUUUUGCGAACGAUUCUCGGAAAUAUCACGGAAAAUAAAAAACCCUGAUCGUAUUUCAAAUGUGUAUGGGGUUGCCUUUAAAACUAUUACUGCUGAGUCUUGCAGUUUCUGAUCUUUGCGUCAGUUUACUUGAGCUGCCAUGGUUCAUUGCCUUACUCACCACUGCUAAGGAGAGUUUCCGUUGCAACAAUUACAUGGCGUUUAUCGUUUGGUUAUUAUCUGAAGCCUCUUUUCUUGGUGUUCUUGCCAUCAUUGGUGGACAGAUUCUUAGCUGUUCACUUUCAUCUCGGAUAUCAGGAACUUGUGACUCACAAGCGCACGUGACUCACACUUGUUGCUGUAGUAAUCUCCAUUUGGAUGAUUAGUGCAGUUCUUUCAGUGCUCGAUCUGUGGGUUACUAGCGUCAUUCCACACUUUAUUGUCGCUAUUUUUAUGACUUUUUGUUUCAUUUUUACAGCAUUUUUUUUACUGUAGGAUUUAUAUUGCUGUUCGACGUCACAAGAGCCAAAUUCAAGCCCUAAAGGUUCGACGGGGAGCGUAAAAUUAUGGGAUACAAAACUUCAACCGGCGGAAAAAACUGCAGUUAGUACGUUUUAUGUAUAUGUUGUCUUUUUGGUUUGUUAUUUGCCAGUGUAUUGCGUAUAUAUUUCCUAUAUAGUUAGCGACAAACAAAACUCAACACUAGUGAAUCCCGAACUUUAUGUACGGAGUCUUUUUUAA